ACGCCUGCUAUAUUGACCCUUCAUCUUAUUCGUCACAUAUCCACGCUGGAGCUGCGACAGGUCUGGCCACCGCCGUUGCCCUUGGAAAGUGGUCUAGCCUACAGCUGAUCACGAAAGAAGUCAUUAUCAAUUGAUCAUGGUGAUUCGUGAUAUGAUCGAUUCAGCUUGUCAGAGUUGGAAGCGACGUGGUUGAGCUUCGGAUACCACCGUGAUGUCACCAACACUCGUUAACCAUACUAGUUGACUGCUCAUGGAAAAGGUAUUUACAUUCCUCACUCUUGGAGAAUAGACCGUCCAUGUGAGACUCGAGGAAUGCAAUGAAUGCCACUCUGGCUCGUGAGAAAAGACAAGAUGUGGCUUGCUCCAUCUUCAAUCCGCUUGCCGUACUUUGCCCACACUCCUUAUCGCUAUCAUGUUUGGACCCUCAUUCGUAUCUUGUCUCUUACCCUUGUCGGCUUUCUUGGGUGAGGCUACUGCAGCUCUUCACCCUUUCAGACAUGAAGCUGUCGAAGUGCGCCGCAGACAAGUUGGAGGCGGCGAGGACACUCCUUUCCAAAGUAGCGCUGCAGGCUCGGUGCUGACUUACAUCACCCCUUCUCCUGGUGGUUCGCCAAUUCCUGUCACUCAGCAAAGUCAGCUCGUGUCGUCAAAUGUUCCUAUCUUCACGCUGUGCGCGCUCCCACCAGAAGCCUUCUUCCCCAUCACGGCAACGCCCACUCAGACCACCGCGCCAUACAAGAACUAUUCCAUCUCUAUACCACCUGGUCCGGGAACAUGUACGACAAUUUACAGCCCGACUGUGACAAUGGUAUGCGCUACCGUCUUGACUGGUAUUGACCGCAUGUACUCGGUGACCCAAUGUGGACAAGACAUUACCUUCUCAAGCGAUUUCGGUUAUGUGCUGGCCACACCUAGUCCUACCUUGAGAACCGCUACCGACUCCAGCGGUACAGCUGCGCUCAUUACUCCCGCCCCUACUGUUCAAGCUCUCACUACAUACUAUGUUGCACCCUGGGCAGAGCUCACCAGUGCGGGUCCCCCUACAAAUGUGGAUAGAAAAAUAUGCGCAACAUAUGCAAAUGGCACCGAGGAAUGCGUUGUGGAAUACUACGUAUGGAAGACCAGUCUCGUCACUAUUCCGACAUCUACAGUAACAUCUAUCAACUUGACAACAACUGUGGCUGGACCGUCGCAGAUCAUUGUGGAGACAUUCGUGGCCAAUAUUACGGAGAUACUCACCACUUUCUCCAUGUCUACUACUAUGGAGUUGACUUGGUCUGUCGAAACCGAAACCACAAACAUUGCUACGAGACCGACAGCCUCCACUGGUCCGACUGUCACUCAGACAUACACUGUGAAUCAGACCUCGCUCUCUACUGUCCGAACGACAAGUACGUCUACACGCCUAGUUACUCGGACCAUCUACAUAUCAGGUGGGACGAUUACCACCACAGUGCCCACUUUGCAUCCCACGGCCGAAGCAAUGGUCACUCCGUCAAUAGUGACGCUUCCUUCUCCGUCUCUUGAUGUAGCAAGUAUUCUCGGCAUCGAUGACUGACGAUGAACGUGGUUGGAAUCUUUUGACUGUUCAGUAUCUGCUUGUUUCAUAAGAAUCAUGUUCCUCAAACCCGUUCUGCGUACUGCAACCUUACAUCUUCAUGUCGGAAAUUGAGGAUAGUGUGGCGUUUCCAAGUGAGCUUUAUUGUCUUGUUUCGCUCACCAAUGUUCAUGGUCUUUCAUUUGAUAACAAUUAUUGUCGACAGAGUAUAUGAACUUUUUUCCACG